AUGACGAAGGCGCAUGCAGCUGAGGGUAUUGGUACCAGUACAUGUGAGGAUGAAGACGCGAGAUAUGAGAAGGGUGCUGCUGAGAUAGCUCAGAAGCGGGAAGCCUGGCAUGGGAUUGUGGUUACUGGACUCGAGUUCUCCGCAUCGUGUAGCGGUGUCGUGCUCGAGAUCUCCGUAGUCGCAUUGUGGACUUGGGACAUCAAUCCGGAGGGUGUCUGUAAUGUAUCGAUCGAAAUGUGUAAAGCACGGUAUCACUUGAGGCGCAUGUCAGAAUGCGAGACUCGUCAGUAUAAUAAUGACGGGACAGCUGCAGACAAAACACGUGCUAAAACGAAGUUCGUGUGCUCAGUGCUUAGCUAUCGUUCAAUCGUUCAAUCAUUCAAUCAAGCUAUUCUUCAAAAUCAGAACGGCAAAGUCUCCUUCAAGUUCAUGGAAAAGCUUCGGGCAUCAUUCGACGAACAGAAGGACUCAGUGGCUAACUCUACACCAGCUAUUUCAGUAACCGCGGGUACCUCUUCGUCAAGCAACAACACAACUGACCCUCAAUUACGAGGAAGGGACGCGCAGCGGCCAACCUGGGUUCCAAAGUCAUUAACAGACUUGAAUCCGAUUAUGUAUGAAUACGAUGGUCACUCCAAACUUGUGAAGGCCGCGAAAGCCAUUGCUAUCGUGUCGCUUCCCACAGCGCUCGUUACCACAGUGCAUAAUGAUAGGCACGACGAUCCGAGGGCCGAGGCAGAUAGCCAGAAGGUGCGCAUAAGGUGA